UAGCAACAGCAGGAGGAACAGCAGUAGCAGGAGGAACAGGAGUAACAGCAGCAGGAGGAGGAGGAGGAUAGAGUUCAUUUCCAACACUUCUCUGGGAAUUUAAAUCGUCCCAAGUUCGAGAGAUUUGAAAUUGACUGACUUUUGGAUCGGGGCCCUGAUCACAGGAGGUCCAGGAUGAAUAAGCUACGGCAGAGUUUCAGACGGAAGAAAGACGUGUACGUUCCUGAGUCCAGCCGACCGCACCAGUGGCAGACGGACGAGGGGUCGGUCCGCAGGGGAAAGUGUAGCUUCGCAGUCAAGUACCUGGGUCAUGUAGAGGUGGAGGAGUCCAGAGGAAUGCACAUCUGUGAGGAUGCAGUGAAGCAGCUCAAGACGGACAGGAAAUUCUUCAAGGGCUUCUUUACUAAAGCAGGGAAGAAGGCAGUGAGAGCGGUGCUAUGGGUCUCAGCAGACGGUCUCCGUGUAGUAGAUGACAAAACUAAGGACCUGAUCCUAGACCAGACAAUAGAGAAAGUAUCGUUCUGCGCUCCGGACAGGAACUUUGAGAGAGCGUUCUCCUACAUCUGUAGAGAUGGAACGACGAGACGCUGGAUCUGCCACUGCUUCAUGGCUAUCAAGGACUCGGGAGAGCGUCUGAGCCACGCAGUGGGCUGUGCCUUCGCUGCCUGUCUGGAGAGGAAACAGAAGAGAGAGAAGGAGUGUGGUGUCACAGCAACCUUUGACGCCAACAGAACCACCUUCACCAGGGAGGGCUCGUUCCGAGUUACCACGGCGACGGAAGCCGCGGAGCGAGAAGAGGUCAUGAGGCAGUUGCAGGACAAGAAAGCGGAGAGUGAUGUCAAGUCCGCAAUGCCUCUCUCCUCGGGUCCCAGUGUGGGUGUGGUGAACCAGGCUGUGGCCCCUCUACCAGGGUCCCCCUCCUCCUCCCCUCCCCUGGGCAUGGAGAGCACCCUGGGCCUCCAGGUUAUCCCCCGCAGACACGCUCCAGUGGAGGCCCUGGCCAGACAGGGUUCCUUCAGAGGGUUCCCUGCCCUCAACAACAACUCCUCUCCCUUUAAACGGCAGCUGUCCCUCAGGAUGAACGAUCUGCCCUCUACCAUGCAGAGGAAGUCUGACUUCCCCUUGAAGAACACAGUCCCGGAGAUGGAGGGAGAGGGGGACAGCAUCAGCUCGUUGUGUACCCAGAUCGCCUCAGCAUUCAGUGGGCCUCCUGAAGACCCCUUCUCCCAGGCCCCCAUGCCCCGACCAGCUUCCUCCCCACAGUCACCUGUAGUGCCCCCAGGUGCUCAGCCAGGGAACGGUACCGGUCCUGCCUUCCCUCCUGCUGCUGUUGUUGCUGCUAACUCUCCAGCACUGCCCCCUCCACUACCUGCUCGAGACACUAACCCCUGGGCCAAGACCCCGAGCCCCCACUGCCAAGCAGGGCAACAUACCUCAGCUGCCUCUUCCUCCGCACACCCAGGAGCUGAUUGGACAACCCCAGUGAUUGUAGCUCCACCCUCCACCACGGCGUCCCCAUCGCACCCAUCCCACCGCCGCACGCCGUCCGAGGCUGACCGCUGGCUCGAGGAGGUCACCAAGUCUAUCUGCGCUCUGCAGCCCGCGUCCACACCCCCCUUCCAACCGUUCCUCACCCCCAACCCGCCAGCCUUGUCCACCACCCAAACCCAGGCAUUCUCAACCACACUACCCACAGGCCAGCCCUUCUCUGCCCCCAUGCCUGUGCCAUCUGUUGCUCCCGUGGCCUUCAUGUCCUCCCUGCCCCCUCGCCAGCCUGCCUACCCAAUGUCCAACGGGCUGCCCUAUGCCCAGCCCAGUGUGCCCGUGGUGGGCAUCACCUCCUCUCAGAUGGUAGCCUAUUUGUUUGGUUCAACCCCCCAGCCCCAGGCGUACCCCAUCCCCCAGUAUGAUCCUUACAACAACCCCCACCAGCAACCCUCGAUGCCCCUGCCUGUCCCCCUUCAGCCACCCAAUGGGAGUGUAGCCUUCAAUGGGGGCAGAGCUGACAGCUGGGCCCCUCCCCUCCUGCCCCCUCAGUCCUCCCCGGCCCCUCCCCUCCUGCCCCCUCAGUCCUCCCGGGCCCCUCCCCUGCCCUCGCAGCCCCAGCCCGCGGCCGACCCCUUCGAGGCCAAGUGGGCCUCCCUGGAGAAUCGGUCCCGUCAGCACACCACGCCGUCGCCCACUAACCCCUUCUCCUCCGAGCUCCACACAACCUUUGAGAUCCAGCUCUAGAGACUGAGAGACUGGGGAGGAGGAGGACUGGUGGAGGUGGACUAGGGAGGAGAGGAAAGGAGGCUGUUCUGUUGAUUGUGCAGGUUGGGGAGAGAGGAGGAGGUAGCCUCUCUCUCUGUCUCUCCAUCUGCCUGGUCUGGCUUUGUGGGGGGACCUGAGGGAGGAGGAGGGCAAUGGAUGGGUGCAUCUAUAAGUUGGGGUGAAGCUGCUGGCAGCACUGAGAGGUCAUGGAGAGAUGGAAUUAUUCAGGUGCUGCUGCUUACCAGGCAUAUUGUGGGUUUAGUUUCUUUGGGUGGACAUGAUAACCCUGUGGAGUCCUAGAGCCCCAGUUAGCCCCAACAAGCCUCCCAGUCAGCCCCAACAAGCCUCCCAGUCAGCCCCAACAAGCCUCCCAGUCAGCCCCAACCAGUCAGCCUCAACCAGCCCCAACCAGUCAGCCUCAACCAGCCCCAACCAGUCAGCCUCAACCAGCCCCAACCAGUCAGCCUCAACCAGCCCCAACCAGUCAGCCUCAACCAGCCCCAACCAGUCAGCCUCAACCAGCCCCAACCAGUCAGCCUCAACCAAGCCCCAACCAACCAGCUCCGCCUCAGACCCAACUAGCCCUCCCAGCUCUGGAGAGACCAUAAUGACUGUAGUAGGGGUUACGGCUCCUUCCCCUACCCCGCUGCCUCCCUCUCCUGGUCCAGCUCACAGCGCCCCCAGGUGGCUGGAGUAUGAUCUGCUCUCCCGGCCACCUGGCAGGCAGAAAGACUGCAGUACUGAAAGAGAACUGAGCUUCCAGACCAGAGGUUCUCAUAUAAAACUUCAAAAUCAGAAGUGACAGAAUGACAAAAUCUUUAUUUUUUAUGCAUUAAGGUAUAUUUUAAAUAGCUUUGGAAAUCUUAACAGAAGAGUUGUAUGUAAUUUUUUUGCCAGAGGCACAGACGCUACCAGCUAGCUACAAUGAGAAUGAGUCGAUGUGUAACGUGUAUACAAGCAAUUGUAUUAUAGAUAACAUAUAUCUAAUAAGAAUAUAACAGUAUACACAGCUCACGGCAGGAGUCUGAUUUCCAUGACGAUGUGUUUUUGUUUGAAUGGACAGCUGUUUUACUUCUUCUUUUUAAAGAAAUUCUGUCUUCUUGUCGGUUGAGCAUCUCACUGUAAAUAGUCAAUCCUCAUUGCAGCAACAAUUCAAUGUGGAUCCAGUGGGCAGAAGCAGUGAUGGAGCUGAUAGUCGAGGGGUAUCCAAGGGUGUGUUCACUAGGAACCGAACGGAAACUGGGCGGGACCUACCUGAAUUUGUCCAAUAGAAACUCAUUUUCGAUUUGCAAAAUUUUUUUUUUUUUUUUUUUUCGUUUGAAGCAAAUGUUUGGUACGAUGUUCCACGAAUGAAUUACACCCCAGGUUGCCUCUGCUUACUACAGCUCUGCUCUCUCAAGUCUCCUUGCUAUAAUAGCACUGGUCUAGUACUCGGUAGGACUCAAUAGUACUUGUUAGUACUCGAUAGGACUCAUGAGUACUUGUUAGUACUCGAUAGGACUUGUUAGUACUUGAUAGUACUCGAGUACUUGUUAGUACUCGAUAGGACUUGUUAGUACUUGAUAGUACUCAUGAGUACUUAACUACAUUCAACUUUCUGUCUUUUUCAUUGUCAUUGGUUUUUUUUUCUGGUAAUAUUUUUUUAUUUUGUAUUUUAUCACUUUGGACAGUGUCAUCUCCUAAUUUUUCUCUUUAAAUUAUAUUUUUCAAUGAAAAUGAUUGAUCUCCCUUUUUUUUUUGUUGCACAAGCACUGUAGUUAGUAGGUGAUAAUUUGACCACAGUGAUGAAUGAUGGUACCACAGGCUGUGGGUAAUAUAUGGAUGGGUCAGUCAUGGGUCUAGCUAUAGUAAUGGAUAUUUGUGGCUCCUCCCCAGAGGAUUUCAAAAUUCCAGUGACGGUCUAUAAAUCACCCGGUUUCCAGAAAUCCUGGUUGGAAAACUCUUGGAAUUUUUAAAAGGUAAUAAACAGGAAAUCUGGGAAUCGUCCUUCCAGCCUUAUCUGUGACAAAAUGACCGGGGUGUCCUGAACUUCUUUUGUUUUAAAUCGAACUGUAGUUCUGAAUCCAGUGGUUUUGCAGUAGAGCGAGACAUUGAUCUGUUUGUGUGUCACAAAUGGAAACCCUAUUCUAUCUAUACUACAGCCGUACCUCCCAGGGCUCUGGUUUAAAAGCAGUGCACCGUAUAGGGAAUACAAUGUCUCUCUCACUCUCAUCUGACACACUUUUUAUUAUUUUUUAAUUUUUUUUAUCAAGCCUGUGAAUAUGAUCUGUUAUCUGAUCAAGUUUUUAUUUUCCAUUUUUUUGUAAUUAUUUCAUUGUUUUUAUUCCAUUUUUUUUUUUCCAGAACAAUUUAAGCUACAAAAGAUUUAAUAAAUUGAUGGUGGUGGAAACGA